AUGAGCUACAACAAUCCAUUCAGUCUCCUACAACUGGCCAUUCAGAGCCUGCUGAGGGAUGACAACUUGACCAUUUCUUCCCUGAAGGACCUGCCUGCAGAGCUCUUCCCAAGUCUGUUUCUGGUAGCACACACUCACAGACACUGGGAGACCCUGAAGGCUCUAGUGCAGACCUGGCCCUUUGAAAGUCUCCCUCUGGGAGCCCUGGUUCCAGAUUUACAGCCUGAGAAUCAAAGUUUCAAAGCUGUGAUGGAUGGAAUUGAUGUCCUGCUCAAGCAGGAAGUUCCCCCCAGGUGUAAACUGCAGGUACUGGACUUAUGCAACACUGGGAAGAGUUUCUGGAGAAUGUGAGCUGGAGUCAACUUCCCAGUGUACUCAGAAAA